UUACUUUCCUUAGUUUUCUCACUUCGUCUAACGUUGGAAAAUCAUUUGCAUUGCAAGUUUUUGCUUCACAAAACGGCAUCAAUUUCCUCAUCGAGAAAUGGGUUGGUUUUCACUUUCAGAGACCCUUAACUCCAUCAAGUCCAUCCAGAUCAGACAAACUAUCUCUCAGGUCAUCACUCUAGGCUUGAUUGUGUCGUCGGCAUUGUUAAUCUGGAAGGGGUUAAUGUGUAUCACUGGCAGUGAAUCUCCUGUGGUGGUUGUUCUCUCUGAAAGUAUGGAACCUGGUUUUGCAAGGGGUGACAUUCUGUUCUUGAGUAUGAGCAAAGAUCCAAUUCGCGCAGGAGAAAUUGUUGUCUUUAAUAUAGAUGGACGUGCUAUUCCAAUUGUUCAUCGAGUAAUUAAGGUUCAUGAACGAACAGACACCGGUGAAGUUAAUGUCCUUACAAAAGGAGACAAUAACGACAUAGAUGACAGGAUGUUGUAUGCUCGGGGUCAGAAAUGGUUGCAAAGGCACCAUAUCAUGGGAAGAGCAGUUGGAUUUUUACCUUAUGUUGGCUGGAUGACAAUAAUUAUGACAGAAAAACCUAUACUGAAGUACAUAAUUAUGGGCGCUCUUGGAUUGUUGGUCAUUACCUCCAAGGAUUAGGAAUACCUCCUCUUUUAUUGGAACAGUUAAAGAGGCUAACGAUACCAGAUAAAUGUUGUAUUAGCUCACAAUUUUUUAUGAACUUAGAAUUUGAAUUUGGGGCUUAUAAUUCAUGUAACAAGGAAAUUAGAAAUUGCCAAUUGCGAGGAAUGUGAAUCUUAUUUAAAAUACAUUUACGGAAAUUUAUAUCCAAGUAGAUGAAGUUUUUAUAA